AUGACAAUGGAUGCACGUAGACGGGAUAGAGAGCAAAUUGGGUUAUGUGGAGUUGAUAGAAUUUGGGGCAAAUCACCGACACGAAUCGAAGAUUCCGACGAAGAUGAGGAGAUUCAUAAAUACAACAGUUCUAUACCAAAAGACAGGAAAAGGAAACAAGAGAUGAAGAGGAAGAAAAGUAAAAAGUUAAAGAAAGAAAAGAAAGCCAAGAAAGAGAAGAAGAAAAAACGUAAAAAGAAAAAAAAGAAGUCAGAUAGUAGUUCUGAUAGUGAGUCUGAGGAAUUAGAAUGGGUAGAAAAGAAUGGAAUUAAUGAUAAAGCAAAGGUUAAGAGAGGAUCAAGUUCAGAUGAAAGUGGUGACGAAGUAGUUGGACCAGUACAGAAACCACAUGUGACAUUAUCUGCUAAAGAUUUUGGCAAAGCUCUUUUGCCUGGUGAAGGUGCUGCUAUGGCUGCAUAUGUUGCAGAAGGAAAGCGUAUACCUAGAAGAGGUGAAAUUGGUUUAACUUCAGAAGAAAUUGCUGCAUAUGAAUCUGUUGGCUAUGUCAUGAGUGGUAGCAGACAUCGGCGUAUGGAAGCUGUUCGUAUCCGAAAAGAAAAUCAAAUUUAUUCUGCUGAUGAGAAACGAGCAUUGGCUAUGUUUAGCAAAGAAGAACGACAAAAGAGGGAAAAUCUUAUUUUAGGACAAUUCAGAGAGAUGGUUAAUCAAAAGUUAGCACAGGAACAGAAAAAAAAGUAA